AUGGCUUUACCACUGUUCUCACAACUGUUGGAGAAGCAGUUUCUGGUUCCCUUCAUCGUAUACUUCACGUUUUUCCGAAUAGCUAAUGUCCUUCUUAAGCAGAAGUAUUGGCAAAACUUUGAAGGGUUUAAGAAAUACCGUUUACACAAUUUGUCAAUCUGCUUACUACAUUCAUUAAUUUCGGGUACUUGGUCAUUGACAUUUUUUUUGUGUAAUUGGCGGGUCAUGAUCGAAGAAUUGGCAACUUGGAACACUUACUUUGCUGCUCAGCUUCCGCUCUUUUCAAUAGCUUACUUCUGUCAUGAUGCCAUUGAUAUGUUAAACUAUGAAUGGUCUCGUUGGACGCUAGAGCUAAUAAUUCAUCAUCUUGCUACAUGCUUUAGCUUAAGCACAGGAAUAGUUUCAAAAACAUUCGUGCUCUGCGAUUACUGGGCAUUACUCAUGGAAGUGAAUAGCAUAUUUCUACAUUGUCGAACCAUCAUGCAAAUUAGUGGGCAGAACAAAACAAACCGUCACAUUUUCAAAAUUGUUCUUUUCCUCAACAUUGCUAGCUUCAUUCUCUUCCGUUUUCUAACUCAAAUAGUGUUCGUAUAUUUGAUUCUUUUCCACUUUUUGCCUUUCAUGGACUCGUUCUAUGUGAUAGUCGCAUUAGGAGGACCUAUCGUUUUUCUCAUCAUCAAUGGAAUGCUUUUCUUCCGAAUUCUAGCAUCAGAUGGAUUUCUCACUGAGGAAUGGAAGAGUAGAGCUGCAAUUACUAGAGAUUCUAUCCGAGAAUGGAAGGAAGAAAUUACACAUAAAACAUCAUAA